AUGCAUUACCACGCAAUCGGCAACGGGAGGAUUGUGGCCGCCUACGUGUCGUUCGGAGGGUUGCUGAUGCGGCUGCAGGGCGACGCCAACAACCUGCACGGCUUUGAGGUGGACCAGCACAUCUACCUGCUGAUGAAGAAGCUCGCCUUUUAAACGGAACUUUCUACUGCCUUUGCUUUUCUUUUUUAACAAUAGUCAAUAAAGAUGUUUUUGUAUGUAUUGUUGUUUCUUGUUACAUACUUUUGAUUCCCGUCCCGAACGCAUGCCAUGAGAAUAAACAUAAAUUACAUCCAUUGUCUAAAAACAGCAUAAGUAAAAUGGGUUUUAAUGCACAAAGAUAAUUAGUGUAUAGUCAACAAGAUACUUCAUUGAAUGGUGCCUGAUGAUUUGAGUUUUAAUAACACAUAACAUAUUCCAACUUAUUUUCUUGCAAUAUUACAAGUCCAGCUCUGAUUCAAUAUUUUCAUUUGUCACAAUAACGAUUGAAUAUCAUUGGUAUACCUUUGGUAUAUUGUUAGUUGUGAAAAGUAGACUACAUUUAUGCCCGAAAAUAUGACGUAAAUAAUAACAAUUUUCUCUGAUAUUCCUCCAUUUUUACAUUGAUUGUCAUUCAUUCGCCAAAACCUGAAGAAUGGAAAAGAUAAAUCUGCAUCCAUACGUAUUUUCGUGU